UCUGGUUCGAUUCGAUUUGCGGCUAAUUGCGCGCACGUUAUGACCAAUUCGAUUGCGUCAGCAAAAUGCCUGCCCAAUGCACUCUCGUCUGGCAAUUAUGGUAUGUCGCAAAGCCACCGUUACACCGAUGAUAGCAAGGAGUACAUCAUAGUCAAGCUCACCGACUCCGCCUUCCGUGCAAUCGAGGAAUACCAGCGGGACGACAAUGCCAAGCGCCUGCAGCCCGGCCAGCGGGCCAAGAUCCAGUUCAUUGGCAACACCGGCGUCAUACAGUUCCCCUCCCGCCCCUCGACGACCGAGGGCCAUAGCAGCAACAACAAUGGCAACAACAGCAACAGCAACCUACCUUCUGGCGGCAGCAGCAACCCUGGUGGCAGCCACAUGGACGCAAAUGGCGGACGCAAGUUUGGUUUCACCAUCAACAACAUGGAGGGUACCCUCGAGUGCGUCCAGCAGCAGCAACAGAACCUCGGCGUCCUCGGUGCGGUCACGCUCCGGAUGCGGAUACAUGCCAACGACGAUGUCUACGAUACGACACGCACGAAAAUGGCCAUUGCCGAGGAGACGGAGAAGAGCAAGUGCAUACGGGAGAUCAAGCCAAAUCAGUCGGAUAUUGGGCGUAAGGUGAAGAAGGCCCCAUCGUCCUCAUCCUCCCUGUCCGGAUCCGCUACGGCUUCGAUGACGACGACGGCAGCAUUUCAUCAUCACAGCAACAGCAACAACAACCACAGUGGGAACAACAACAGCAACAACAGCAGCAGCAGCAAUAGUUUUAAUAGCAACAACAACAACAACAACAAUAGUCGUAAGUUAGGUUCAUCGCCAUUUAAUGGUCUAGGAGUAGGAGGAGCAGGAGCAGGAACAGGAGUAGGAUCAUCAUCGUAUGCCACAUCGUAUGCCGCCGCCACAGCAUCACAGCGAUCGCCAAAUCCGAGUACGCUGGGUGGCAGCGGCACAGUCAAUGGCGGUGGAGCGUCGAGUCGCUACCACAGCAACACCAACAGCAACAACUCGGCCUCCUCGCUGGCCUCAACAUUUGCCAAUGGAAUAUCGCAGGGCUACAACAUGAGCGGCAGCUCGCCGAGGGACAGCCAACCAAUCAACAACAACAACAACAACAACAGCAGCAGCAGCAUCAGCAGUAGCAACAUCACCAACCACACAACAACCACAACCUCCGCCAUAUCCACCUCCUCGACAAACGGACGCAGCAAAAUGGUUAGCGGAGGCGGCAGCAACUCGAGGAGCGGCAACAACAAGUCAUCCGGUGGCAACAAGAUGUCAGAUGUGUCGAGGCGCACCAUUCGGGAGCGCCUGAUCCACUUGCUGGCGCUCAAGGCGUUCAAGAAGCCGGAGCUGUUCGCUCGACUGAACAACGAGGGGAUACGGGAGCGGGAGCGCAACCUGAUUACCAGCAUACUCAAGGACAUCAGCACAAUGGCGCAGAACACGUACAAUCUGCGGCGCCAGAUGUGGAACGACGUGGACGAGAACUGGCCGUACUUUAGCGAGCAGGAGGUGCAGCAGCUGAAGCGCCGCAAGCCCCAGAAUCUGACACCCCCGAUGAGCUCCGAUGCGGGCAGCUCGACCUCCGGCCAGAGUCCCACAUCGACGCAUACGGGAAGCCCACCGCCGCAUGGCAAUGGCGGGGGAGUGGGUGGCGGUGGCGGCGGCAGCCUGAAGCGCACCAGCCUAGAGUACGACGAGACGAUGUUCAGCACUGUGCAGCCGAAGAAGCAGCGCAUCAGUCACUACAAGAAGGACACUCCGCCCUCGGCCACAUCGUACCCGUCCUCCUCCUCCGUGUCCGUGUCUGCCUCUUCCUCCUCAUCGAACCGGAACCGCUACACGCCACCGCAGCGACAAGGGGGUCCGCUGGACGAUCACACAAGCGGUGAUCUCAGCUACAAUGUCCUGGACAACAUGGAGGAGUUCAUGAGCUCAACGGCAGCGGCGGUGGCGGCAGCGACGCAUCAGCAGCAGCACCCGAGGAGCAAUAGCAGUAGCAGCAGUAGGCGUGGCAACUCCUCCCAAAACGGUGGAAGCGGCAGCGGCAGCAAGGACAAACGCAAUUCAACUGGCAGCAAUUCCAGUAGUUCCAGCGGCUAUGAGACACAGCUGGAGCGCAAUCGGACGACGACGGCGGCGACGGCGAGCAUGCCAGCGAGUCGCAACAGCAAAUCCUCGACAACGCCGCCCAAGCUGGCGACCAGCUUUGUGCCAGCAGCCACCGGAGGGGGAAAAGGAUCUGGAUCUGGAGGCAAGCAACGUUCUUCGGCGGCGGCUAAUCUGCCACUGCAGCAGCAACAGCAUCAGCAGCAGCAGAGCGACUACAACUCGUACAACAACAACACCCAUGCGGCCUCCAACAGCAAGAAGCGUACGAGUAGUGCAUCAUCGUCCAACGACAGAGGCCAGCGCCAGAGGAGCUCGAACUCAAGCUCAGGCUCCUAUCAACAGGUUCCACCUCCCUCCUCCGCCACCGUCUCCCGUUCCGCAUCGGCGUCGUCCGUCCACCAGCACCAGCAACAGCAGCAGCAGCAACAACAGCACCAGCAGCACCAUAGCCAUCAGCAGCAGCAGCAUCUGCAGCAGCAUGGAGCUUCGUCAGCCAGCAGCGCCCAGCACCCAUCGCCCACACAGCAGCUGGCGGCGGCUACCCAUGCGUAUGCGAACGCCGAUGCCGAUUCGUCCUCGAGCCCACGCUACGACUUCAGCCAAUACGUUCCCAUACAUUCACUGGAAGUACGUAGACGCUACAAGACUGAAUUUGAGAGCGACUAUGAUGAGUAUCGCAAGCUGCUGACCCGCGUCGAGGGCGUGCGCAACCGCUUCCAGACCCUCUCUGAGCGCAUGGACAGCGCCCGGCGUAGCGACAACGGCUGCGGGGACUACGAUCAGAUCAAGCGCCAGAUUGUCAGCGAGUACGAGCGCAUCAACAACGAUCGCACCAUCCGCGAGGACAAGCAGCGUUUCGACUACUUGCAAGCCAAGCUGGCCCACAUCAAGCAGCUGGUUACCGACUAUGACCAGACAUUGAUCACAUUGGCGGCUACGCCUGCUCCAACGCCUGCGCCCGCACCGGCACCGGCACCGGCACCUGCUCACGCUCCUGCCCAAGCACAAAUGGCGGCGCGACACGCGGAACAGCAGCGGAGACAGCAGCAGCACCAUGCGGUGGAGACGAUAGAACAGCAUCAUCCUCAGCAGCAUCAUCCUCAGCAGCAUCAGCAUCAGCAGCAACAGCCACAGUCGCAGUCGCAGGAGCCUCAAAGCGAUUCGGAUGACAGUUCCGAAAGUUCGGAUUCCAACGAUGAUGAUGAUGAUGAUGAGAACUGCGAAGAUUCCAACUCCAAUACCGACGACGAUCAGAACCGCGACCGCUACUGAUACACACACAACUACUUCGAUGAUCCGCGUAACC